AUGGAUCCUCGCCACAGUGCUCAGGAUGUCGUAAGUUGUCAUCUAUGUGAGGCACAUGUUCCUCCGUAUUUCUGUGACAUUUGUCAAAUCAAUCUAUGCAAGACCUGUGCUGGGGAGCAUUUACUGGACGAGUCCCAAGUAGUACAUAGGGUGUUGCCAAUUACACAAAGAAGAUCUACUCCAAAUUAUCCUAAAUGUUCAAAGCAUGUCACAAAACAUUGUGAACUCCACUGUGAACAAUGUGACAUUCCUAUUUGUGUGCACUGUGUUUCAUCCGGUGAACACCUAGGACAUCGAGCUGUUGAUAUAUUAGAAAACUUUGAAAGGUUGAAAGAAAAGUUGAGAAAUGAUUUACAAGAAUUAGAGGAAUCGAUAUAUCCUAAAUAUCAAGAGAUUGCAUCUAAUAUUCCUGUUCAGAUAGCGGAAUUGAAUCAAAACGCAAAGAAACUGAAAUCAGAAAUCAGCAAACGGGGAGAGGACUGGCACAAGGAAAUAGACACUAUUAUUAACAAAAUGCAGUCCGAUGUUAAUGAAGUUGAAUCAAAACAAUUGACUGUUUUAAAUGAACUCAGAGAUGAAAUAAAUGAUACAAUGUCUGAUAUUACAAAGAACAUUGCUGAUCUAAAGAAGAUACUUGAUUCCAAUGACGUCUACAGGAACUCUGAGUACAAGUCCAAUAUUGCAAAAUUCAAAACACAAUCUACUACAUCUAAACGAAAUGUUUCUUUACCAAUUUUUACGUUUCAGAUGAUUAACACAGACGAACUAUUUAAAAAAUUCGGUUCUCUCUUGGCACCUUCCAAAAUGGAGUCGAUCAUUCCAGCUGAGAUUUCUGCCUUAGACCGACCCCUGUUGGAUGUACCCAAGAUCAUUACAACUAUUGACACUAGGAGUACAACUAUUCGAUUGCAAUAUGUGGCUUGCCUUAAUGACGAAGCAAUUUGGACCAAAUGGGAUUUUAACAGCAUCGAUCUCUACGAUCGCAAUGGCAAGCUCCUGAGGUCAAUCCAAACCAAAUCAGGAUACACACCAGUAGAUAUAGCAGUGACAAAGAGUGGAAGUCUUGUUUAUACUGAUGUGUUUCGCCAUACAGUAAACAUAGAAAGACGUUCACAGAUCGAGGAUUUAAUCAGAAUAAGUGGGAAACCCCUCAGUAUCUGUAGUACCUCCUCUGAAGACUUACUAGUUAUGGUGAAAGAUUGGACGAAUAAAACAAAAGUUGUGCGUUACUCAGGUUCCACAAUAAAACAAAGCAUUCAAUUUGAUAAUAAAAACCAACCUCUUUAUUCAUCUGGUGAGAUUCAAAACAUAUGCGAGAAUAAAAACCUAGACAUAUGCGUGGCUGACUGGGGAGGAUGCGCAGUAGUGGUGGUCAAUCUGGAUGGGAAUUUCAGAUUUCGAUAUAAUUGUUUCACCUCAACUACAAACAAACCAUUUAAACCUUAUGGCAUCGUCACAGACUCCCAGAGUUGCAUCCUGGUUGGAGACUCUCGUGUUAGUUUUUGUAUCCAGAUUUUAGAUAAGGACGGACAGUUUAUCCGCAAUAUUGAUUGUGGUUUACUUCAUCCAAUGGGUUUAUGUGUGGACUCGAGAGACAAUCUCUUUGUAGCUGAGGAUAGAACAGGAAAAAUAAAGAAAAUUCAAUAUUAUACGUAA